CAGACAGUAUCUAAUCUAUGGAUCAUAAUGCUCGCGCAGAAUUGAGUGCUCUCUCUCUCUCCUGAGCUCCUGCCUCUUCUGUGCUGGCUGGCUGGUAUGCGUCCAUCGCUGCGUAUGUGCCCAGGUGCCUGGGUGGGUGGAUGGAUGUGUAAUGCUCUCUGAGUGAAUGCAUGACUGAACGAACACACAGGGUGGGGACACCUACAUGAAGGGAUGGACGGAUGUGUGUGGUGUGUGAGGGACUCUUUGUGUUGUGAAUGGUGGCUCUUUUAUGUGCGCGUGUGCCCGGGUGUGGUGUUGGUGUGUGUCAGGGCCCCAGGAGACUUUCAUAUCUUGUCCUCCCCGCCCACCAUGACACACACGACCAUGCUCGGGAACUCUUUAAUCAAUCAAUCGACCGCUCAUUCAUUCAUUGAGUCCAUGAUCGUUGAUCAUCACACGGCCGCAGUGGGUGGUCUCAAAAAGUGUCCUCCGAGGCACAAUGGAUGGAUGGAUGCGAAGCGCGUCUGUCCGCUGCUCACACGCCUCUCUCAUGUGCUGGCAUGAAAAUCGGCCGGCCACCUGUUCCUGUCUUGAUUGAUCUAUCGGUCAGUCGGUCUCAGAUUGCACAGCAGACAGACAACCUCUCCCAACCAAUCCACGCGUCUGUAUGUGUGUGUGCGGGCAUGCAAAGAGAGACAAGGCAGUCAUGUAGCUAGCUAGGCUAAACAAAAUGAAUUCAUCGACAGGUGGACGGAUGGAUAGACACAAUGAUGGCGGUGGGUGUGUGGGCGUGUGCGUGUGGGCGUGACGUCACCUCUAAUCGUACCUCGUGGCUCAAUACAACCGCCCGCCCAACCAGAUGCGACACACACGCCAAAAAAUGGAAUGACCAUCACGGACGGCAUCAAAACAGCCCCUGCCUGACACAGCCGGCCGCUGGUGCUGUCAGGUACGUGCCGCCAUGCUCUCUCCUUCGUGUGGGCCCUGGCUCUCUCCUUCGUGUGGGCCCUGGCUAUCAGAGUCGCAACGCUAUCAGGGUGGUUUCCGUUCAUCGCCGCUGAGAGCGAUGAACGGACACCACCCUGAUAGCGUUUUGACUCUGAUAGCCCACCUUGGGUGGUUUGGGCCACCCGCAUGUUGUGUUAGGACAAACGUAAGAUGAGGGCAGGAUGCAGGUGUGAUGUGGCUCUCUCUCUCUCUUCCUGUGUGAUGUGGCAAAGUGUCCUCUGUGGCGCCUUGUUUGGUGUCUUGUGUCCGCGUACAUCGACGAGCAGUGAUACACCGACAUCUGCGUCAACGCAGAUAUUUGACGCAGAUAUCUCUGUGUCGCUGCCCCUCGACGAACGACGGACACGAGACGCCCAGAACGUCACCACGGUGCAAAAGGCAUCACUCUCUCUCUCUCUCUCUCUCUCCAGCAUCGACAAGCCGCUUGAGUUGCAUCCCAACCAUCCAUCCAUCCAUCAAUCCAUCGCACUCACUCAGCUAUCUAUCUAUAGUACAAAGCAGUCCGUCAGUCUGUCAGCAAAUGCAGCCACUUCCGGCCAGCCGGGCAGCCAGGCCCCUCACUAGCCCUCGUACUUCCACAACAUACCAUACACCGACAACAUCAUUAACACACCACACCACACCACACACCCAUGCACAAAACAGGCAUUCAGCCCACAACACAAACCACCUUCAGCCAGCCAACCACCUUCGGCCAGCCAGUGCGUCAGUCAGUAGUUGCGUGCGGUAGACUUGCGUUGGUUGCGGCCGUUGGUCUGCCCCCCGUUGCGCUUGUCCUUGCUCGCGAACUUGGGCUCGGGGGGCACGCCACACGACACGGCGGCCGGGUUGGUGUUGACUGGCUUCCCCUUCUUGCGGUUGCGGCGCUUGGAGCCGUUCAUGAGGGCCUGGCGGCGACCCUCAGCAGCGAAAUAGUCCUCCUCAAACUGACCGACAGACAGACAGAGACAUCAUAUCCGCUGUAGUCUUCUUUGCACGUGUGUGUGCGUCGUCGUGUGUCUGUCUGACCUCAUCUUCCGAUACUUCAUCGUCGGCCGAGUACACCUUACGAGGGCGGGGGGCCUGCAGGCGACAAAGGGGAACAAGCGAAGGUGACGGUGCGGUGGUUGGGUUGGUGCUUUUGGAUGUCAGUCGGUCACCGACUCACACACCUGCUGCUGGGCCCCCGUGAGCGCUGCGGUGGUGCUGUUGGUGCCCUCGGCCUGCGACAAGAGCUCCUCUAUGGCGUACAACUCCUGACUGCACACACACACACACGCACACCAGAGAAACAGAGAGAAGGGGGGCACACAUGGCACAUCCAUUCGCUUGCUGCGAGAGCCGUUCCUUCGUGUGUCAUGCUCACAGCAGUGCGGGGACGUCGUAUUGUCUGAGACUCAAGAUGCGGCCCUGGAAGGCCUGCACCUGCUCACGCACCUCCUGAACCAAUCAACACAGCACACGGACACAUCGAUGUGCAAAUGUCCCGGGCUGGGAAGGGCCUUGCCUUAGCCCCUGCCUGCCUGACGUACCGCUAGUAUCAGCCAGACGGUCUGCAGGUCAGCCUGCGGCCGCAUACGCGCCAAUGCGCCCCGCUGGCCGCAGAUGAUCUCCAUCCGGUCGCGACGGCACCGCAACUUAUCCAGCUCGGCCAUGAAGUAGUGCAUGUCGAUACACUCAAAAUGCUCCUCGCUCUCGUCCCCCCCUCCCGGCGCCACAUACCCGCCACUGCUGCCGCCCGCCGCCAUCUCAUUCAGCUGUGUCGCGUCCACCCGACCGGUCGCUGUCAGGAUGGUGCCGCAGGGCAACUCGAUGGCCGUGACCUCAUCCGUCGGAGUGUUGGUGGCGGUGGCGGUGGUGCUGGUGUUGGCCAUUGUUUCCUCCUCCAGUGUGUGCGGUGUGGCGGUGUUGGUGUGGUUGGUGUCGGCGCCACCGCCAGCGCCGUCAUGGUGGCCACCGUGUUGCCACCCAGCAGCAGCAGGGGCGAAGGUGGUGAAGUGUGUGAAGGGCUUGACGCAGAGGGGGCAGCGGAGAUGCUCCUUGCACCAGUUGGUCAGACACGGGCGGCAGAAGGUGUGCUCACAGGCCCCCAGCUGGGCUGCAUUGCAGCACACACCACAAAGCACAAAGCACAGAGAGACCACUCUCACGAGUCACUGUGGUGAGUCGUGUCUUGGCUAUAUGCGACCUCUCUGCUUCCCUUCCUGCCUCUCCUGCCUUUCCUUCCUGUCCUGCCGACGUGUGUCUGUCGUGUCGCUGCUUGUCGCUCUUGCGUACCGAUUUCGACAGCAGCGUGCAGGCAGGUUCCAUGCUUGAAGUCCGAGAGGCAGAUUGCACAGGUUCCACUCACUGUCUUCUUCCGAUGAUCAGUGGUGGUGGGCGUAUGGGACAUACAACGGCAGGUGCGACAGGCGACACACACACGAUUCUCUCUCACGCCGCGCGACGCGCCGACGCGGGAGAGUCCAACAAGCCGGUGGAGGACCGAGAGACGAACGCUGGAAAGCCUCCGAGAGAACCCCGGAAGCCUUCUUUUGUUUUGC